AUGGAGGAGAACCUAUUUUCUCUGAGUAGCGUUAGCGCUACCUGGCUGAGCUGCAGCCCCACUUCCUGGGUGACUGAGAUCAUCCUCGGUUUCCUGUGUGGACUGGGGCUCUUCUUCCUGUUACUCCCGUGCCCAAGUAAUCCGUCCUUACCGUCCUUACCACCACCUAGGAAGCAUAGAAACAUCAGGAAGGGUCACGCGGAGCCGAGAGGGACGAGCAGCAGGACUAGGAAGAAAAGCAGAGCUUUGAGAGCUCGUAGAGAUUGCCUGAAAGAACUGGAGGAGGCUCGGGGCCUGGUUUCACUUCUGCAAAGCCGCCUGGGGAAGCUCCCUGACAAGGGUGGCUUUUGUCAGCUCUCAUGUCAAGACCCCCCUGGCUACGUGUGCAAAACAGCGCCUGCUGGAGCCCACUGGCCGUGCCAUGAGCGUGUAGCAGAGGCUGCUGCCACCGUGUCCCUGGCUCCUCUGACAGAGCACCCUGUACCUCUGGCCUCCACCCCUUCGCCCGGCCUGAUGACCUCGUCAGUUUCUGUUUGUUCCCACUCAUCCUUGAGUGCCUCUCAGCCACCAGAGCCUUUCCUUCCCCUGGACAACCUUUCACCCCGGCAGCUUGUUUUUUCCCCUCCCCCGCCAUGCCCCCCUGAUUCAGAGUCCUGCCCGGCCCCUCCAACAGCCUUCCCUCCCCAUCCCCAACCAGACUCCAUUCUGACACUUUCUCAGUGUGACUCGAUGGCACUCCCACUGGGCGCUGUCCCACAGAGCUCGUCUUCACACACCCCUUGGUCAGCUUCUCCCGUCCCAGCCAUCUCAGACCUUGGUCACUCAAGCUGUCCCAUUUCGGCCCUGCCCUGGUGGCAGGGGGCUGCCAAAGCCUUGUGCUUCUCGACCUCAUCACAGUGCAAGUCCCAGCAAGAGCACCUUUCCCACCACCCACCAGAAGCCUUAUGCUGGGAAGACCCCACAAACAGACAGGUAGAGGCUGGUAAUCCCUCUUUGCUCAGCUGUGAUGACGAGAAGCCCCUGGAGAUACAAGUCACAAAGAGAGUUGAGAUCAAGAUUUGGAAGGAAAAAGAAACAAAUGGAUCAUAUCCAAAACAAAUGAGCCCAGACUACCACCUGAAUUAUUUGGGAAAUACGUUGGAAUCUCUGGGUGCUGAGCAGGACACCACAACCCCCCAAACCUUCUGGAGCACAAAAGGCAAACCAGCACAGCUGCCCAGUCCUCAGCAGCUCUCAUAUCCCAACGUCUUGGGGGACCAUCUACCGAUGAAAUAUAACCAGCUUUUCUGGGGUCUCCCCUCUCUGCACAGUGAGUCCCUGGUGGCUACUGCCUGGAUCUCUGAGAGCUCUUCAGUACUACAGUCUCCGUCUUUCUUGUUCAAUGUUAUCUCGAAUACCUGCCCAGUUCAAAUGCAGGCUAAAAUGUCUCCACUGCUUUCCCAGUCCCAGCCUCCAUCCCAUGUGGAGUUCCAAUCUCAAUCCUUGAUUCUAACCAUACCUCAAUGCCAGCCCCCACCUCUGACUCAGUUCCAGAUCCAGGCCCAUCUCCAAUCCUCUCCCCCAAUCCUACCACUUUCUUCUCCACCCCAGAUUAGAGCCUGUGGAGUAUCUUGCCCUACACCCCAGAAUAAGCCACAAUCUAUCAUCCCAGCUGAGAUUCAACGUCCAGAAUGGUCUUUGUUGCAGAAGCAACUAGAAAGUGGGUGGGCUUUAGACUCUGUAGUCAAAAGAUCUCAAGAAGUCUGUAGUCUCUUCACUUCGAACUUUUGUCAGGACAGUUGGGUGGUCUCCAUUCUUCCUGAGAAUUUUCCAAUCAGUCCUGAGCUCCAGGAACAACUGGAGCAACACCUCCAAAAGUGGCUCAUGCAACACUGCAGUAUCCAAGAGUCUCUGGAACUAAGGCGGUCUCGAGACGGAUUACCAGGGACAUGUCAGGCAAAGGGCAGGCAUGGACCCUCACAACCCUCUUUAUUUACAGGUGAAAGCAGCAGGGAUGCGCAGAAGGUGGGGCUGCCGCUAAACCAAGACUUAGGCAAGGGCCUGGGGCAUAUUCUGGGGAAGUUCCCAAAGGAUCUCUCCAGGCGUUCAGAAAGCUCCCUAGUGAAGUUAAGGGAGGUGGACUCUGAGGAGUCGGAAAGUGGCUUGAGGUUCUCGAGGAGUGACUCAGGGAGAGAUUUACUAAGGAUCUUAGACAAGAAUCUAGAAAGCACCCUGAAAGCCCAUUUGAGCAGGAAGCUGGGGCAGAUCAGUGAGGGUUGGAUCCCUGUGAAUGUGCGUCGAUCCUGGCUUGCUGUCCACGCUUCUCCCAAGUCCGACACUCACAUGGAAACCAGAAAUCUAGGAAUCUUGAAGAGUUGGGGACCCAGCACGAACACUUCCCCCAGAGUUUCCUUUCUCGAUGCAGACACUCGAGAGGUGCUGGAAGCGCAUAUUACAAGGUUUUGGGUGAAGCACAGGUGGGGCCUACCCCUCAAGGUCCUCAAGCCCAUAAAUCUCUUGAAGUUGAAAAAGGCUCAACCCUUGUCCCUUCCACAGUCCGCCUUUCCUCCCUCAGCCACCUGUGUAUCUGGGACCCACUCGAUCAUCAAGUUUGCUGAGUUCCUGGGAAAACCUCCCCAGGCCCAUCCUGGUAAGAAGGUGGUAACAGAGGAGUCAGUUUCUACCCUGGUGAGGCCUCUCCUUGCCCCCUCACUUGUGUGUGAGGAAGUCCAGGGGGCCCUGAGAGGAACCCCACCUGGUGGUGACCGUGGUCCCUCAAAGGCCUCUCUGACUGGACAGGAGGGCAGGCCACCUUCUCAGUCCCUCACACUCAGCCUCGUGGGUACAACCUGGCAGAGUGGGACUGUCGUGGAGGCUGAGAGCGGCAGCCUAGAGCCUAGUCCAAGUUCAGCAAUGGCGAGGAAUGAGCCAAGGGAGGACAGUGGGGGUCGGGCCUCACGAGACCCCUGCCAACGGGUAACAAUGCUGGAGAGGAACUUGGGAUCCCAAUUUUUGAAGGCCAAAGAGGCCAGGGAGACAGUGGAGGUCAAGGAGUCCCCUGACCUUCAACCACCGUCUAGAGUCAUCUUGGGAACUAAUGUGCUGACAAAAUCUCAAAGCAUAAAUGUGCAUCUGAGGAGUUUAGAGACUCCAGGCACUAAUAAAAACCCCCUACUCCCUAGAAUGUCUGUUUCCCAAGAUCCAGGAGAGCCAUGCCUUAACACAGAUGUUGUUAGUGAAUUUAAGUCCAAAUUGAAGGUACAGUCAGCGAAUCAGCCUCAUGACUGUCCUACACACAUGCUCCUUGCUGCAGACAGCUUGGCUUCUCAUGUGCCCCAAUGCCAUCCCCAGAAAGUGCCCACUGGAGACAGGCUACAUUCCCAGGGGCGGUGUGGCCCCAUGGCAGCCCAAAGGAGCAGCCAAGGGCAGCAGGAGCCCAUGAUCUCAAAACUUCAGGACUCAUGGAAGAGCCAGAGCAAGAUGAUUGCCCCUACUUACGAGAGAGAGGACUGUCGGAGGCCCAACCUAGGAGAGCACAAAGAAAGGUUUGAAGAAUUGGGGACCUCUCAAGCUGGAAGUAUGAGCCACCCUGCCCAAGUCAAGGGAAUGGUAAACCCUGCUGGGAGCAAAUACCUCCCGCUCCUGCCAGAGAAGAAACAGGGUCCUCUAGAAAGCAUCUUCAGAAAGAGGAUGAGGCUCUUUUUUCAGUGGAUUUUCCCCCGCAAAAAAGUUAAAGGUCAAGAUGUUCUGCAAAAACACAAGCCCAGAUCAGCCAUCGCCCAGAGCCAAGGGUCAGUCAAAAGCAGAACAAUUAUGGACAGUGAGACUGCUGAGGCCCAGGCGCUCAUGACAGCUGUUGGACAGAUUCUAGAGGAGAAAAUGGCGAUUUACCAUGGACUUCAUGCCACGAAGUUAAAUGAGCACAAACAGGAACCCCAAGCCCCUGUAUGUGUGUGUUCCUGCUGCCACAGGCUUCCCCUCUAUGCAGAGCGAGGAAGAAUGAUGAGUUACACAGCCUGCAAUCACCAAGCAACCUCCAAGGGCCAGAGUUGUUCUGUCAAGGAAAAGCAAGUCAGACACCGACAGUCCUUAAAAAGUGUAAGAUUCAACGAAGAGCAGCUGAGCCUGAGACGCCUCCCAUCCUUGCCCCCGAAGGAGCCUUUGUCUCCAGUCAGUCCCUGCCAGUAUGGGCCAAGGAUGCCAGGUGUCCCAGGCCGCCACCAGCACUGUCCAAGGCACUGUCUUCUUCGGGGACGUGUCUUACCUGGUCAACCAUCAAAUGCUUCUUUAGCCUUUCCUAGUAGGAAAACAUGUCUCCAAGAAAAAAUUCAAUCCAUGUAG